UUAAGCGGAAAUAGCGUGAUUAUCCGACAGUCAGCUGUCAACAGUUAGCUAAAAGAAGGAUGGACCGCUUGAAAGACGGAUGGUUUAGCGAAGUGAAUGACUUAUGGCCUGGUCAAGCAAUGUCGUUAAAAGUGGAGGAAGUUUUAUUUCAUGAAAAAUCAAAGUACCAGGAUGUCAUUGUAUUUAAAAGUGCAACAUAUGGCAAUGUUUUGGUGUUAGAUGGUGUAAUUCAAUGUACAGAGAGGGAUGAAUUCUCGUAUCAAGAGAUGUUAGCUCAUAUACCACUGAAUUCACACCCUAAACCUAGAAAGGUGUUGAUUAUAGGUGGAGGUGAUGGUGGUAUAUUAAGGGAGGUUGUCAAACAUCCAGAUGUUGAGCAGGUGGACCAAUGUGAAAUUGACGAGAAAGUAAUAGAAGUCUCCAAAAAGUAUUUGCCUGAAAUGGCAAAGAGUUACUCUAGUCCAAAGUUGAAGUUGCAUGUUGGCGAUGGUUUUGAGUACAUGAAGAAACACCAGGGAGAGUAUGAUGUCAUCAUUACAGAUUCUUCCGAUCCUGAUGGACCAGCAGAGUCAUUAUUUAAGCAGUCAUAUUAUGAGCUGAUGAAAACAGCAUUAAAACCUGAUGGUAUGCUCUCAUGUCAAGGUGAGUGUUUGUGGCUUCACAUGGAUCUCAUCAAAAAAAUGCUGACAUUCUGCAAGAAUCUGUUUCCUGUAACUGAUUACGCCUUCACAACUAUACCUACCUACCCUAGUGGUCAAAUUGGAUUUGUACUGUGCAGUAAAAAUCCUGAUACAGUAUUCAGAGAACCUAUACGUAGGCUAAAUGAUGUAGAAGUUCAGCAAAUGGAUCUCAAAUAUUACAACACAGAUAUUCACAAAGCUGCCUUUGUUCUACCAGAGUUUGCAAGAAAGGUUUUGAGAAGCCAAGAGUCAGUAAACGGGUCCAACAAUGGUGAAGCUAACGGGUCUAACUAGUCUGUGGAUAUCCUAUUGAAUUUCUCACUCACCAAUUAAUCAAGAUAGGAAAAAUGGUUACAGUCAUUGCAUAAAACAGUAUUAAUAUUUUAGGUUAAGGGUGUUUAUUUCAUAGCUUUUCAUUGAGAUAGUAUGUCAGAAGCAUACAUACACACACAUAAAAAUAGAUUGGAUAGAUACAAACAGAGUGGCAAUGUGAAAAAUACAUUUAUUAGCUCAUCUGAUUUUUUGAAAAAAAAUGAUGAGUUAUUGUCAUCACUUGAGCGGUUGUCGGCGUCGGCGUCUGCGUCGGCGUUGCCUGGUUAAGUUUUAUGUUUAGGUCAGCUUGUCUCCUAAACUAUCAAAGCUAUUGCUUUGAAACUUGGAAUACUUGUUCACCAUCAUAAGCUGACCCUGUAUAGCAAGAAACAUAACUCCACCUUGCUUUUUGCAAGAUUUAUGGCCCCUUUUGUACUUAGAAAAUAUCAGAUUUCUUGGUUAAGUUUUAUGUUUAGGUCAACUUUUCUCCUAAACUAUCAAAGCUAUUGCUUUGAAACUUGGAAUACUUGUUCACCAUCAUAAGCAGACCCUGUACAUCAAGAAACAUAACUCCAUCUUGCUUUUUGCAAGAUUUAUUGCCCCUUUUGGACUUAGAAAAUCAGUUUUCUUGGUUAAGUUUUAUGUUUAGGUCAGCUUUUAUCCUAAACUAUCAAAGCUAUUGCUUUAAAACUUGCAACACUUGUUCACCAUCAUAAGUUGACCCUGUAUAGCAAGAAACAUAACUCCGUCCUGCUUUUUGCAAGAUUUAUGGCCCCUUUUUGACUUAGAAAAUAUCAGAUUUCUUGGUUAAGUUUUAUGUUUAGGUCAACUUUUUCUCUUAAACUAUCAAAGCUAUUGCUUUGAAACUUGCAACACUUGUUCACCAUCAUAAGCUGACCCUGUACAGCAAGCAACAUAACUCCAUCCUGCUUUUUGCAAUAAUUAUUGCCCCUUUUGGACUUAGAAAAUCAUUUUCUUGGUUGAGUAUUAUGUUUAAGUCAACUUUUCUCAUAAACUAUCAAAGCUAUUGCUUUAAAACUUGCAACAGUUUUUCACCAUCAUAAGUGGACACUGUACAUCAAGAAACAUAACUCUAUCCUGCUUUUUGCAAGAAUGAUGGCCCUUUUUAGACUUAGAAAAUCAUGGGUAGGACAAUAUUUCUAUUACACAAAAAAAAUCAGAUGAGCGUCAGCACCCGCAAGGCGGUGCCCUUGUUUGGCAUUGUGAUAUUUUUGAAUUCUGUUAAAAUGUCAUUUAUUUGUGAUUAUCAAUAGCAACUGGGAAGUUAAUAUCCAGACUUCAUCUAGCCAACUUUUACAUGUAUAUUCAACAGAAUGUCUUCAUGCCUAUAUAGUCCACAUCUGUCUUCAGUGAAACUCUUUACAUCAUUUGUAUUUCAUUUGCUGUGGAUUAUAUGUUUAUAUUGACCAAGUAGUGUAACAUUCCUGAAGUAGUAAUACUUUAUUGACCAUGCUUGUUUACAUUCAUUAGGUCGUCAUAUAAGAUAUAUUUUAUAGAACAUUGUUUAUACUGGAAACCAUGCAUUGUGAGACUAUAUUAGAACAUGCUUUGCUUCAGCAAACACAAUUUGUGGACAGUUUGUCAUUUUACAGAUUCAUAAAAUAAAGCAUCGAUUUUAAACUUUAGAAAUGAGAGAAAAAUACAGAAUUGGAAAUAUAAGAUACCAUCAGCUGUUGCAGAAACUUAUGUUUGGAUAUGAAAUACAUAAAUUAAUUCGAAAGAAUGUUUUGUCAGCCAAUGUGUUGUAUAUGUAAUAUAAAAACUACAAAAACCUUAAUCCGUGUCUUAAUUACACUGUAGAAUUCAAGAGUUAAAAAUCAGUUUCCAGUUGUUUUUUUUUUUUGUUUUUUGUUGUUGUUUUUUCAGUAGAGUACUUUGUCAAUUUAUGGAGAGGGUUGUAACAUUUGUAAAUGUUCAUAUAUUCAACCACAAAAUAUUGUAACAUGUUUAACUGUAUGGAACUGAAAACUUGUCUCAUUAUUUAUCAAUAUCAAUAUAUUGAAACUUUGAUUAACUUAUUUCGGGUUUUUUUUUUGCAGUACAAGAAUAUACUAUGGAUUUUUCAAGGACUUGAUAAGAAGUUUUUGAUUAUUCUAGUGAUUCUACUAAGUCUUUUUGAAUUUUUUAACUGUAAACCUACAUUUAUAUGCUUUUACAUUAUUUAGAUAAGCAUUAACUGUGCAAUGAUUGUUGACUCUACCUACAAGUAUGAUUUUAAAUACAGAUUUAUUUUGAACGUAU